GGCUAAAAAGUAAAAACAAAAAAAAAAGGGUGGGGGGUCAUCCUUGAAGUUCUCAGCUCUUACAUUUCAAAUGAUCGACUGAACCUGUUGGCAGAAAAUAGGAUGAGCUUAUCUCUGUUUUGUCAUCUCUUACUUUGUUGUUUUUAUGAAGUUUUUUCCAGCGCCAGUGCCUCAGAUACCAUUAGCAGUAGUGCACCCGUGAGAGACUCGGAAACUGUAUUUUCCAGAGGCAGAAGAUUUAAACUGGGAUUUUUCAGCCCUGGGAAUUCUGCAAAUCGUUAUGUAGGUAUUAUGUUUAACCUACCAUCACCAACACCAACUGUAGUAUGGGUAGCUAACAGAGACAAACCUUUACAUGAUUCUAAUGGAAUACUCACAAUAUCAGAAGAUGGGAAUCUUGUAAUCUUGAAUGGACAGAAGCAGAUUGUUUGGUCAUCCAGUGUUUCAAACUCUAUAAGGAAUUCAACCGCCGGGCUCUUGGACACUGGCAACUUAGUCCUGAAAGACAGCUCAAAUGGGAGAGUUCUAUGGGAAAGUUUUCAAUACCCUACAGAUUCUCUCUUACCGUUGAUGAAAAUGGGGAUUAAUAAGUUUACUAACACGACGACUUUCCUGAAAUCAUGGAGAAGUCCUGAUGAUCCAUCCAUCGGGAGUUUCUCAGCUGGAAUUCAACCUCAAUACCUUCCCCAGGCUUUUAUUUGGAACAAUAGCUCUCCUUACUGGCGUAGUGGUCCAUGGAAUAAACAGAUCUACAUCGGAUUACCAGAAAUGAAAUCUUUUUAUGACUCUGGUGUUGACCUUGUAGCUGAUAAUGCAGGCACCGCAUACCAAAUUUAUACCAACCCAGAUCAGUCUUCGAUACUCUAUUAUUCCUUGAAUUCCACAGGGUCUUAUCAGGAGAAAGUUUGGGAUCCAAAUAAGAAGGAUUGGAUGGUAGCAUGGGCUAAUCCCCGAAGUGAGUGUGAUUUUUAUGCUAAGUGCGGGCAAUUUGGAAGCUGUAACCCUAAGAAUUCUCCAAAGUGCAGUUGUAUACGAGGGUUUAAGCCGAAAAAUGAAGGAGAAUGGGGGAAGGGAGAUUGGAAUGGUGGAUGCAUCAGAAAUACUGCACUGGACUGUGAAAGAAACAAAACUGAUGUUGACAAGGGAAAGCAGGAUGGGUUUUUGAAGCUGCAGACAAUGGGAGUGCCAGAUUUUGCAAUUUGGGUAUCCUCUACAAAAGAAAACUGUGAGAAUGAUUGCUUGAAAAAUUGUUCCUGCAUGGCAUAUUCAUACUACACAGGCAUAGGUUGUAUGCAUUGGAAUAGAAGCUUAAUUGAUAUUCAAGAAUUCUCCACGGAUGGGGCGGCUGAUUUGUUCAUUCGCCUUGCCUACUCUGAACUUGAUGCAAAUCACAAGAAACGCAUCCCUGUAGUUGCAAUCACGGUGUCGACGGUCUCGGUAACAGUUACCUUAUGUGGAUACCUUUUCUGGAUAUUGUUUACUAAGCAUAGAGGAAGGAAGAGAAAAAAUGAAGCAUUCUUAAGAGAAGCAUCUCCAAACUAUUACAAGGAAAGCAUGAUUAAAGAUGACAUCAACAAAGUCAAAAUUGAAGACAUGACAUUGUACAGCUUUGACAUGUUAGCAAAUGCAACUAACAAAUUUCACUGGGCUAGCAAGCUGGGGCAAGGAGGCUUUGGUCCGGUCUACAGAGGAAAAUUUCAAGAUGGACAAGAAAUUGCAGUGAAAAGGCUUUCACAGUCUUCUAGUCAGGGGCUAGAGGAGUUUAUGAAUGAAGUCGUCUUGAUCUCUGGACUACAACAUCGUAAUCUUGUUAGACUUCUUGGCUGCUGCAUAGAGAGAGGGGAAAAGAUGUUGGUUUAUGAUUUCGUGCCGAAUAGAAGCUUAGAUGCAUAUAUUUUUGGUUCACACCAGGAAAAGUUCCUUGAUUGGAGUAAGAGAGCCAUCAUUAUUGAAGGAACUGGUCGAGGCCUCCUUUACCUUCACAGAGACUCGAGACUACGAAUUAUUCAUAGAGAUCUGAAAGCAAGCAACAUCCUGUUGGAUGAACACCUAAACCCACAAAUUUCAGAUUUUGGCAUGGCGAGGAUAUUUGGAGGAAAUCAAGAUCAGGCCAACACAAUAAGAGUUGUUGGCACAUAUGGUUACAUGUCCCCUGAAUAUGCAAUGCAUGGAAGAUUCUCAGAAAAAUCAGAUGUCUACAGCUUUGGAGUGUUGAUAUUGGAAAUUGUCAGUGGAAGGAAGAAUUCCAGUUUUUACAACGAUGAAGAUGAACUGACUCUAUUUGCAUAUGCAUGGAAGUUGUGGAAGGAAAACAAUAUUGUAAAAUUGAUAGACUCCAAAGUAUUUGAUCCAAGAUUUGAGAAAGAAGUUGUGAGAUGUGUACAUAUUGGAUUAUUAUGUGUUCAAGAAUAUGCAGAAGAUAGGCCAAAUGUCUCCACGGUUCUAUCAAUGCUGACUAGUGACAUUGCUGACCUACCUACUCCUAAGCAACCUGCAUUUACCGGAGGACGUGGUUCUUCAGAGCAAGGAUCUUCUAAUAGCCAAGGUUCUGUGAAUACUGAUUCCAUUACUGUAGUGGAACCACGAUAGGCUGUAAACGGGGGCGUACCCAGAAAUUUUGUAAGCGUUGUCGAAAUAUGUAGAAGAACUGGAAUAUAAAUUUGAUUAUAAUACUUUUAAACAAGAAAUAGCCUUA